AUGAAAAUAAUCAAGCUACUACUAUCCAUCCUAAUCAUAAUCAACGCAUGUAGAACGACGAACGAUGAAGAGAAGCAGAACAAAAUACUGUCCAUAGACAUGAACGACCUGGAGGAGAUACUAAAUGAUGAUAAAAUUUUUACCUUCCUAAUUGUGUACACACACUGGUGUCAAAGAUCCAGUUUGCUCCUCGAAAAUGUUCAGACCAUUUCGAAUCUUUUAAAAUAUGAUAGCAAUGUGAAGAUAGCCAAAAUGAACGUUGCUAUGAAUAGUACCGUUAUUGAAAAGCUUUCCGUUUACAGUGUACCCUCCCUUUUUAUGUUAAAAAAAAAUGAGACGCAUAGAUACAUAGGAGUAAACAACAUCAGAGGCAUAAUGUCAUGGAUAUAUCAAUACCUUGACUACAGUGUAUACUCGAUUGAAAAUAAAAAUAAGUUGGAUAUAUUCCUCCAACUCGAUCAGUAUAAUAACUCCAUUUUGUUCUUUAUCAACAGAAAGGAAAACGAAACCCAUCUGCUUAAAGAGCUAGUCAAUAUAUGUACCCUAAUAGGGGAUACCUUCUGCUUCGCUGUUACUAACCCAAAUAUCAUCUCAUAUUUUGAAAAUGAAGUGAUGCGAGAAAAAUAUCACUUUAAUUUAGAAAAUUUAAAAAACAAAGACAUGUAUGGAAUUUUAUUCAAAAAUGAUGAUUUCGGUGAGUACUUUUAUUUGAUCGAUAACAACGUUAACCUUUUAUACAAUCCUGGUUACUCUGUACAGGAAAAAAAGCUGGAACUAACAAAAUGGAUACAGGAAAAAAUGGAACCCUUGGUUAUUAAAUUCUGUGAGUAUUAUUUCCCCAUUUUUUUCGCAAACGACACGGUUACUUUAUUUAUCCUAUACAACGAUAUAAGUGAUCUCAAGAAAUCAGAUAUUAUAAAGUGUGCGAAGAAGUACCCCCAUAUCACCUUCUCCGUGUCUGGAAAUAAGGAUGCGUACGAGAAGAGGCUCCUGAGCGAGCUACUUAUCGAGGAAGUCACAAAGCCCGUCAUGCGAAUCACCGAAUUUAAGAACCACAUCACCGUUCCGUACAAGUACAGGCCUAUGAGCGACGACAUCGAGAUAAACGAGCAGAGCAUCGACGAAUUCAUCCAGGACUACGCCAACGAAAAGAAGUACUUCUACCGAAAAAGCGAGAAAGCGCUACCAGACGAAUUCAACCACGGAUACGUAAAAAUAAUAGUGGCCGACACCUACGAUGAAUACGUGUUUGACAACACCAAGCACGUCGUGGUGCUCUACUACGCGCCCUGGUGUGGUCACUGCUACAAAUUUGAGCCUGUGUACAGGGAAAUAGGAAAGAGACUCAAACUAUACGCAAAAAAAUUCAAGGAUUACAACAACGACGUGGUCAUUAGCAAAAUAGACGCGGUGAACAACGAGAUAUACGACAUUCUAAUCGAAGGUUACCCCACCAUUUACCUAUACACGAAGGAGAACAAGAAGGCGCCCAUCCAAUACAACGGCCCAAGGACCGUGGAAAGCAUAAUUUCGUGGAUUUGCGAAAAGACCAAUGCCAAUAUAGACAUACAGGAAUUCCGUAACAUAAAUUUGGACGAUGAACAACUUUUCGAAACAUAUGAGGAACUGUAA